AUGUCUCGCCCAGGACCCUCUGCCCCGCGGCAGCUCACCCUGACGGAAGAGCUUGAAAAGCUCGAGCAGCAGAUUACCCUCACGCUGCAAGAGAUCGACUCCAACUUUGCCAAAGCCCACCGCAUCGUCACUACGAGCAUCCUGCCACUCGUCGAGCAGUAUGGCGAGCACUCACGCGCAGUGUGGGAGGCGACCAAGUUUUGGAAACAAUUCUUCGAAGCCUCCGCAAACGUCUCUCUCUCCGGCUACGAAGAGCUAGUUGACGGCGGCGAAACCUCCCCGGCCGAAGAAACAGCCCAUGACCAGGAGGAAGAACAAACCACUGCCAUACACGACCACACCCAAGAACCCUCGCAAUACACCCCCCGCCCGCAGACCUCCGCUGGAGGGCAUGAUACCACAACACUCUCUUCUGUUGAUGAUCAGUCCUCAGUAUUAUAUGACCGCUCACGGGCCGCACAGCAACAGCCUGCCCAGCUACAGCACCACGAUGACAGUUCUGUGUUGACUGAUAGGGAUGGUGAUUUAGCGGGUAGCACACCGCACGCGCCGCCUAGGGGGAUUAAAAUCGAGCAGCAGCAACAGCCACAGCCUGCUGGAGAUGAGAUGGACAUCGACAUGGACGAGGAAGACUCUGAGCUUAUCUUCCAACAACAUACCACCCGCCUUUUGGGCGAAACAUCCCGGUACUACGAUGACGACCACGGCUUUGAACAGGGAGAAGAAGAAGAAGACGAAGAAGAAGAAGAAGAAGAAGAAGAAGAAGAAGAAGGUGGCGGUGGGGGUGAAGUGGGAGACGACUCGGUCCUGGGCGCCCGGAGUAGAUCGAAGAACCCCGUCCUGCACCGCAUGCAGAACAAAACCUACCGCAUCAUGGCAACCCCUCACAAGGGCAUCUCCGCCGUCAAGCCCAACACCACAAGUAACAGAGGAGUCUCCCCCGUGCGGUGGAAGAUUCAGCCUACGACUCCAAAGAUCAAGCAAGAAGACACAGAAAAGAAACGUCCCCUCUGGGAAGACUCCCCCUCCUCCAGUCCCGAACCGGCCCCGCCCCAACUCCGUUCCGCAGCCUUCAUGUCCCCGAUGCGUCUCGCCUACGGAGGACCCAAGACGUCAGAGAAACUCCAGGCGGCUGCGAAGGCGAUAGCAGCGCCUCGCACGCCGGGAGUGAGUGUUCAGACCCCGGCGGUAGGACGGAAGACAAAAGAUGUAUUUGGCGGGGUCGGGAUGCAGAGUGCGACCAAGGCAAUUGUCGAUGCUAAGGCCGCGGCCAAGGAGAAGAGGAAGAGUAUAUUAGAGGAGAUCACUUGGGAGAGUGAUGAAGAUUUGGGGGUUAGUCCGCCCAAGACGAUACAGUUUGCUGUGCCGGCUAGUCGGUUGAUGCAGACGCCAGCGCGUGAGGCGAGCAGGCGGAUUGUGGAUGAUUUGCUUUUGACGGCGGGCGGAGGGGACCUGAUCGAGGGCUCGUCGGAAUAUAGUCCCUCGGUGGUCAAGAUGAACCAGGAUAUUAUGGAUGAGAGUUUUUGA